AUGCGUCAUUUUCGUCCUAAGAAGGCACCAGUCCCUAACUGGCUUAGAGAGGAAAUAAAGAAAACAGUCAUUGCCGCUCCUUCAGCAGAUCAUCCAAAAGGUGAACAAACACUUGUGCGUGAUGGCAUUGAUAAAUCAUAUGUGAAGGCUGAUGAUGAGACAGACAGUAAAAGUAUUGAUUCGUCUAGAUCAGCUGAGGAUGAAGAGGACGAAGAGGUUGAAGUUGAUAGAACUGCAGCAAUCAAUCAAGAAAUAAGAAAAAUUCUUACUGAUGUUCUUUUGAAGGUUACUGAUGAAUUAUUUGAUGAAAUUGCAACCAAAGUUCUUAGUGAAGACGAUCUUCCUGCUGAAGUGGGUCAUAAUGUUGACACUUCAAACCAUAAGGCAUCAACCUCUCCACCCUAUGCUCUGGUUGCUAAGGCAACUGCUAAAGUUUUAGUUCCAGUUAAAGCAAAGGAAAUAGAGAAUGAUGGUGCCGAUGAAAAAUCUAAUUCAAGCUCUCCUGGAGAUGUUUUAGGUCUUGGAAAUUAUGGUUCUGAUGCCGAUGAUGAAAUUGAGAGUUCCACUGUGCCUGCUCCUGCAAAAGAUGAUGCGUAUAUGGAGAAUAAUAUAGGUAAAACCAACACAUCGCUAUCCAGAAAUAGCAAUGGUGAUGCAAUUGAUCAAUUACAUGAUGCUAAGAUGACCGAAGAAUCUGAUCAUUCAGAUUCUUCCAAGAUAGUUUAUAAUGGUUAUAGCUCGAAAGACAUGUCAGGGGUGGCAAGAUCUGAAUUGCCCGGAAAGAAUGGUGUGGAGAAAGCCACAGAUGAUCAUCUAGGAAAUGAAAGCAGAAGAAAAUCAGAAAAAAAUGACCGACAUGACAAGAGUUCUUCCGAGAAGGAUUUUAAGGAGGCAAAAAGUAGUCACAAGUCCAGGACAGAUGAAAAAGGUGACGAGAGCAAACGAAGAAAGGAUGAAAGAAAUCAGAAAAAGGAACGGAUUACAUCAGAUGAUAGGAAGGGAGGAGAAAAAUCUCACAGAGGUCGUACAACUGAAGAUACUAGCCGGAAAAAGGAGCAUUCAAAGGAUAAGGGGGAGCAUAAAUCUAGGCGAAGAGAAGCUGGUGACCAUGACAGGCACAAAAGAAGGCGUUCUUCGUCAGUAAGCAGUAGAGGUAGACCCAGCAAGGAUCAUAGUCAUGCCGAUGAUUCAAGUGGUGAAGGCUCAGAUGGCUCGAAAAGGUUCAGAACAGAUUCCAUUUUCCCUUCAUUUUUCAUGGUUGUCAUAUAG